AAAGAUUUACCCAAAUGGUGAAAAAGAAAAAGAAGACUCCGGAAGUAUUAUGGCUGCUUUCUUGUCUUUAGAUUUGUUGUACCUGGUAAACAGCUACAAAAUGCUCACAGGUUGAGGAAAGUCAUUAUCGGUCCAUCAUGUCCAAAAUGCAGGUGCUGAGGACGCUGGUGGCGGCAGCUGCGGACGAGAUAUUUAGCGCAGUCGAGAGGAUGAUAACAGAGACGAUGAUGCAGCACACUGCAGAAAUGUCACCUGAGCAUCAGAGGGCAGUUGUACACAAGCAGCUGUCGGUGGUCACUGACGAGAUAUUUAGGAUCCUGGAGGUAAUGAUGGGUGAAUAUGAGGCAGAAGUCUCCAGUUCCCACAAGGAGAGCCAACGUCAACGCCAGCUGCCAGACAUCGCGUUGAAAAUGGAGACAAAUUUACAGAGAACAGACAGACUGCCACUCUCUGGGUCAGACUGGGAAAAGGACAGUUCCUCUGAGCAGCAGAGCAGGAGCUCCAGCCAGGUCCAGAAAACAUCAACUCUAUCGCAGAUCACAGACGCGUCUACGGAGACAGACUCUGAUUUAAUCCACGGUAAGCCCUCACAUUUCCACCAAACACAAAGAGCAGAAAAGGGCACCUCAACUGCGAUGGAAACAGACACACGAGUGGAGCAGUGUUGGACGCCAGCUAGCGAAAAGGAGGUUCUGUCAUCAAAAAAUUCAGAAGCUGGGAGUGAAGAUAAUGAAAGUGAUAAAGUGCUGAAUGAGAAACCCUACAGAUCCCAAAAAAUAAAAACAUUUCUGAGACAAAGUCAGGGUGUGGAUUAUUGUAAAACAUGUGGAAGGUCUUUCAGCAAAGGUGUCACUGGGAAGAAAAUAAAAACGCAUAUAAGAAAAAUUGCUCCAACAAAUAAGCGCCAAACCACAGGACAGAGGCGUUGCAGAGUAUGUGGAAAGUUUUUCCGGUACAAACGUUCUUUUCUGAAACACAUACUUAAGCACGAAGAGAGCUCAGAUCUGUGUGGAGCCUGUGGGAAACAUCUGGACUCUGACGAGAGCUUGAAGGUGCAUUUACAAACCCACCACGAAGAAAACAGCCACGGGGAGCAAGCGGAUGACAGACAGUCAGAGGCGGAGUGCUCUGACGCCGAGAGUAAAGUGGAUGACAGUGAUGAGGACUGGAAGAACAGUGAAGGAACUGCUAGUGACGAUGGAGACAGCGAUAAAGAUGAGACCAAAGAAGGAACUUGUUUACAAAAGUCCAAAACAAAAAUUAAAGGAUCAAACAAACCUAAGGGCCAGAAAAAUAAGGACUGCAAAGAUUUAUCCUAUCUCAAACACUGCUGUAAAGUUUGUGGCAAGUGUUUCUGUUACAGAGCAUCUUUUUUGAAGCAUGUGCAAGAAGACGAGACGGAUAAAGAUCUUUGUGGCGUGUGUGGGAAACGUUUCGAGUCUGAGGAGAGCUUGAGGCUCCACUUGCAAACUUACGUCAGAACGAAUGACUGUGAAGUUUGUGGCAAACACUUUGACGGCCAUAAACAACUGGAGAUGCACAUGAGAACCCACACGGGAGAGAAGCCGUACAUCUGCACCGUGUGCGGCAAAGCGUUCGCUCAAAAUGGAAAUCUAAUGGGACACAUGAGAGUUCACACGGGGGAGAGGCCGUAUGUUUGCAGCGUGUGCGGUCAGAGCUUUAGCUUUAAAGAAUACAUGAUGUCUCAUAUGAGGAUCCACACCGGGGAGAAGCCAUUUCUGUGUAGCGUCUGCGGAAAAGGAUUCAGACAGAGGGGGACUCUGAAAACGCACAUGAUGAUCCAUACAGGAGAGUCCACGCACCGAUGCGGCAUAUGUGACAAAAAGUUCUACAAGAGCGGAGCGCUGAAGAUCCACAUGAGGUCCCACACAGGAGAGAAGCCAUAUCUGUGCAACGUUUGUGGGAAAAGCUUCACAGCGAGCGGCUCGCUGACCAAACACAUGGGCGCCCACGAAGGGGAGCGGACACACUGCUGCAGCGUCUGCGGCAAAGGAUUCUUGAGGAAAGAAGACCUGAAGAGACACGGUCAGACUCACGGGGACGAGUCCACACAGCUGACGAGUCUUUAGUGGGUGCUGCCUGUUAAAGGAAUAGUUCAACAUUUUAUUUUUCAAGCAAAAAAUACCAAUCAUUAUCAAGCUCCAGCUUUUCAGUUUUGAGCAGUUGCUGUUUUUCUGUCAUGUGAUAGUACGUUAAUCAUUUUUGGACAGACAAAACAAAACAUUUGAAGACAUCUUCAUGGGCUGUUGGAAAAAGCCUUUCUCACUAUUUUCUGACAGGGUAUACAGUAUUUAUUGUGUGUGUGUGUGUGUGUGUGUGUGUGUGUGUGUGUGU